CUCGUGAGCUAAUUGAUGAAUGAAUAUCGAGUAGAACUUGUGAGCUAAUUAAUGAGCCAAACUCGAGGUCAAGCUCGAGUGAAACACAACUGAUGUUUUAGUAAACAAGCCAAGCUUGAUUUUGGCUCAUUUAUUAACAAGCGGAACCUAAAAUUAGAUCAAAACUCGACUCGACUCGACUCAUUCAGAGUCCUAUAUGUGAAUCUAAACCUAUUACACCUGCCGACACCGGAUCCUAAUUUCCCCAAAACUCUGCCCACUUAUGGAUAAGGGACAACACGUCAUUCUAAUUUCCCCAAAAGAAUAAUAAAAAUAAAACCACCCACCAUUUCGUCGCCCGUCGUUUUCCCUUCCCCCCAAUCACCAUCGUCCGAUCGCCAUUCGGACACCUCUCAACGGCUGUGAUUUCAUCAGCAACAUCCACAGAAAAGAAAGCCCCACCGUACACAGUCUUUCUCCCCUAACUGAAUACCGACACGUGUCUCCCGGCCCAGCUCUCUAUUUCAGUGCUCCCCACCACUCUCACAAAAUUCCCUUCCACCGCUGAUCUCCGGUCGCUCUUCUUCUCUUCCCCUUCUCCGCCAUUUCUCUCUCUCUCUCUAGAACCAUCUCUCGCAUCAUCCCAUACUCUUCGAUCGAUUUUCCGUUUUCUAAACUCGUCGGGAAAAAAAGACCCCCCCCCCCCCCCCCCCCCCCCCCCGAUGAAUGUUCUUCCGGCUGCCGGCGAUGGCGCCGCCGCGGGAUGAGCUUGAGCUGAGCUUUUCGGUCAGGUGGAGCGAAUUUGAUUGUAACAGUGUUCGUCGUAGAAGAAGGAGAGGGCAAUGGUAGAUCCAUUCAUUCUGGUUCGGGUUCGAUCCAAGACUUGGUUCCACAAGCGGAAAAAAUAGAUUCGAUCUGUUUUAGGCUAAUCAAAUUAGUAAUUUUUCUUUCGUACUGUUGUUCUUCGCGAUCUCAAUAUAGCUUUUUUGUUAGGGAUUUUUGUAUUAGACUGUUUGCUGAGUUGCUGUUGUUUCUCCUUCGCCCUCUGUUUGUGGUUCCUCAAUUCCUGUACAGCUUUUUCCCUCGGAUUUACUGAGAGGGGUUUUGUGAAUACUAGCGUUCUUUUUGCUAGAAGAGGCUUUUUUCUCUUUUUAGUUAGAUUGAAAAACAACGAUUGGGAAACUGGGGAAGAUGAGUUUAGGAGCGGCGGAGGAAGGAUCGGAGAAGGAGAUACACAUCCCAGCUGAAAUCAACUGGGAAAUGCUCGACAAAUCCAAGUUCUUCUUCCUAGGUGCCGCAAUGUUCUCGGGAGUUUCAGCAGGGUUGUACCCUGUGGUUCUGAUCAAGACCAGGCAACAAGUAGCUCAAUCCGAGCUCUCUGCAAUGAAGACGGGGUAUUCCAUCCUACGAAAUGAAGGGUUUCGAGCUCUGUAUCGAGGGGUGGGGACAUCAUUGAUGGGGACAGUGCCAGCUAGAGCACUCUACAUGGGUGCUCUUGAGGUAACCAAGAGCUAUGUUGGGACUGCCACUGUUAGGUUAGGGUUUCCUGAUGCAACAGCAGCAGCAAUAGCAAAUGCAGCUGCUGGGUUGAGUGCAGCUAUGGCGGCACAGCUUGUGUGGACCCCUGUUGAUGUUGUCAGCCAGAGGCUCAUGUGCCAGGGUGGGAAGGAGUCCAUGCGCAGAUACACGAAUGGGGUAGAUGCGUUUCGGCAGAUCAUGAGGACGGAUGGGGUUCGAGGGUUGUACAGAGGGUUCGGGCUAUCCAUCCUGAUCUAUGCGCCUUCCAAUGCUGUGUGGUGGGCUUCUUACUCGGUUGCUCAGAGAACGGUCUGGGACGGAGUUUGUUCUUUCUUGAGCAAGAAGAAAAAUGGGAAUGGUGAUGGCGCCUAUAGACCUGAUUCAAAGACUGUGAUGGCAGUUCAGGGGAUCAGUGCGGCUAUGGCGGGUGGUGUAUCAGCACUGAUCACCAUGCCACUCGACACAAUCAAGACUAGGCUGCAGGUUCUGGAAAGUGGUGGAGAGGAGAAGCAUGGGCCAACAGUGAGGCAGACGUUUAGGAACUUGGUUAAGGAAGGUGGCCUGAUGGCUUGUUACAGAGGAUUAGGGCCAAGAUGGGCUUCGAUGUCGAUGUCAGCUACGACGAUGAUCACCACGUACGAGUGUCUCAAACGCCUGUCAGCAAAGAAUCAAGAAGCCCUGUAAUGAUAGGAAACAAGAAUCCGAGGUUUUUUUUUUUAUUUGUGCUCCCUCCUCUUUUAUCUGGUCUAAAUCUGGUUGCAAUUACAAGUUAAAUCUGUAGUUUUUUUCCCCUCUGGUUUACCCUUUAAUAUCUCUGUCUGGAAAUCCUGCCUUUUGCCUAGUUUGCUGAUCAAAGUAACUGCCUUCAAGGAUGUUCAUUAGGUUAUCUGAAGAGGAAAGCUUUUCUAAUCCAAUUGCUCCCACAAUUCUGCUCCUUGUUAACACUCAUGUUUGUAUUAGUAGCUUGAGUUGUGGAAGUUAAUGAACAUGAAGGAAUCUGGGAAAAGUUGUUUAAUUGCGAGUUUUGAACCUUCUUGGAUAGUGAUGGGCACUUGUAAUUGGUGCAAAGACAGACUUUUUAGGAGACCUUAUGUCUUCUUGUCUUCAUUUGGGAUGUGCUUUUCAUAGUGGUAGGGCAGCAGCAGGGCUGCUAAUCUUAAAAGACUUUUUGGAUGAAUGUGAGAUUUUAUAAUUAGAGUGUGAUCCUCUAAAUUGUUUAAUUUGCCCCACCAUUUAUGCUUUGAGCCAUCAGCAUAUGUUAGCAAGCCAGUUCAGAUAGGCUGAUGAUGCUGAGGGAUGGAGCAGGUGCUUAAAUCUAUUUUGCCAUCCUAUUGAUGAUUUGACUAUAAAUAACUAGUUUGCAGUUUGCCCCACCAACACUCGAAUUGAUUGAAUUGAAUUGAAUACCCCACUGUUCUGCUAUCAACAUGUUAUCAACUGUCACUGGCACAAGGUUUGUUGUUCAUGCCAACAGCAUCAAUUGCCUUUGUAUUUUGCUCUGCAAUAAUUUGGUCUACAUCGGAUUAGAUAGAAUUGAAAUAUAAUUUGACUCGAUUUUUAUCUAUAAAAUCUUAAAAUAAUAAUAAUUUCAGCUGGUGUUAAUAUUGCUGCGGUAUUCGCCAACGUACCUCGUGAAACGAGUUCAGCUGCUGUCUAAGACGAAAGACCAGAUCCCAUAUGUUUAUUGGUCGGGCCAAGCAAGAAGGAAGGCACUGGUUUAGAGAAAAAUCUAAGGAAUCGCGCUGAAUCUUGUUUUCUUUCCUUCUCUUAUCCCUUCAAACAUCAAAAUAUAUUUCAUUUUGGAUUUUUUAGAUUCGAUCAAGACAAGUAUAUAAAUAUGAUGAUCUCGAAUUAAUAUCAAUUUGACGUAAUCAAUCAACCCCUAGUCACCAAGUUUAGGUCAAGUAGUUAAUGCAUUCCCCUUUCUAUGGUUAAGAGAUCCCUACAUAUUUACUUUAAGGUUUGUAGACUUUAAUGUCAAGCGACAAUCAUUUGCUAUUCAUCAAUGCACAUUUAUUUUCCUAGGAGCUCUCAUUCGAUACUAGUAAGUAGUGAUCCAUGGAACGAAUCUCAAUCACUCAAUGAGUGGGGUUGGUGACAACUUCCAAGUUUCCCCAUUUCUGCUUGCAAUAUGUGUGCUCAAGUGGCCCAAAAAUGUCUCUGUGGGGCUACCUUCGGAUGGUCCUACAUUGUGUAAAUUGCAUUGAUUUUACAAUCAUAAUCUCCUGCUCGAUUAAUUUUAGGGUUUGUGAUGUAGCAUGUACCAACUAAUUAUACCGAUACUAUUUGUAUGGAGAGAUCAAAUCAGUAUUUGAUUAAUAUGUGUACUUCGGGUUUACUAUGUUUUUGUCAACCAGUUCAUAUGAUACAUUGAAUAAUUGGAUUUGCUAUUUUCGAUUUCUGUGUGUGGUGUGUAGUGAUGGCAAUGGAUUGGAGCGGGGCGGGUACCUCAAUACCCAUGUCCCACCCCACGCUAGUACGGGUCGGGGCGGGUAAUACCCGCGCGAGAACGGGACGGGCCGGGUCGACCCACUCUUACAUGCUAUUUGAGAAAAAUACACGCACAAUUUUACCUUUAUGAUAAAACGAAGGGGAAAAUACUUGAUGAAUAAAUAAUAGUGAUAAUAUAAUAAGUAAUUGAAUCUAUUUAGUUGAAAGAUCAAAUCUAAAUAGUUGAAUAAAAGUCAAAAUAGGAAAUAUAUGAAUGGAUGAGGUAAAAAAUUGACAUAGAACGGGGUAGAAUGGGGCGGGGCGGGGCGGAAGUUGAUACCCAUGCACCGCCCCACGCUAAUGCGGGUCGGGUAAUACCCGCCCAUCGCGGGUCAAGUCGGGUAUUACCCGACGGAGCGGGUUCAAAUUGCCAUCCCUAAUGGUGUGCAUACGUUGUGCCUUGCUAUAGUCGUAUGAUCUCACAUAGUAAGAAAAUGGCCUGGGCAACUUGUGAUUUACGUAAGUGAAUAUUUUAGAAAGUAAUUGAUAGAGAUUUGAGGAUUCUAAGAGAGAAUUAAGCAAUUAAUAGAGAUGUGGGGAAGAACAGGUCGGGGCCUUGACAAGGAGAAGAUAUAGAUUUCACAGGAUUUGGGGAGAUUGGAGAUUGUGAUACUUUUCUUGAUAUUCUUCUAAUGAUUUUGAUGCAUAUCAAAGUAUAUAUUUAUAGGAAAAGACUCAUAAGUCUCUUUAAUAUGACUCCUUUUGCAUACGACAAUAUCUUUUCUGUGCAUGGUACUAGUGAAGAAAGUAGGAAACUGAAGGAGAUAGUGACCACAUAUGAACGUGAAUCAAGGCAUAUGGUCAAUAUUCGAAAGUUAGAACUGUCAUUUAGUACUAAUUAAAAGGAAGAUCGAAGGGAAGAGCUAACUAACAUUAUGAAUAUGAGACAUGUGUCAUACCACGAAAAAUACCCAAGUCUGCCAACUGUGAUCGGAAUAGUUAAGAAAGAGAUAUUUACCUACAUUGUUGAUAGAGUAGGCAAGAAGGUUAAGUUCUGGAAAAACAAACUUUCGUCAAGUGCAACAAAAGAGGUGCUCGUUAAAGCAGUGGCUCAAUCACAAGUCUAUGCUAUAUUUUUAUGUUUCUUAUACCUGAGGGAGUUCUUGAUGAAAUAAGAAGGAUGAUCACAUGAUUUUGGUUGGGGCAAAACAAAGAAAAGAAAAGAAUACACUGUGGACUAGUUGGCACUUGGGAGAAACUCUGCAAAACAAAGGACGAGGGUGGAAUGGGUUUCAGGUAUUUACAAAUAUUUAAUUUAGCUGUAUUUAGGCGUCAAGUAUGAAAUCUAUUCCGGAAACCAAACUCUUUGGUAGCCCAAGUACUGAAAGCCAAGUAUUUCCCAAAUACCACCCAAGUCAUAUUUCUCGAAGUCUAAUGGCUGCUAAGGACCUGGUGGCAUCUAGGACACAAUGGAGAGUAGGUGAUGGACAAAGUAUCAAAAUCUGGUGGGAUAAGUGGGUUCCAGAGGUAAAUACAUAUAAGGUGGAAACUCCAAUAGCAAGCCUAAGUUUACAAUCAACAAUUGAUAAUUUGAUAGACCAUAAAUCUAGGACAUGACGACUAGACCUGCUUCAGACACAUUUGAGCCCCCAUGAUCGGGAAAAAAUUAUAUAGAUUCCCAUCUAGGGAUAGCCAAUGUCGGGGACUGUAAAAGAUGGGCUUAAAGAAUGGUUGUGACGAGUAGGGAUGGCAAAUUACCCAGCCAUGGUAAUUAUACCCAAACCCAAGUAGAUCUAUUGACAAUGGGUUGGGUAUGGGUGAAAUGCAUAUGAAUUUGGGGGUUUAUAGAUGGGUUUGGGUUUGGGGCUUCCAUAAUCUAAAUGGGUAUGGGUUGGAUAUGGAUAUUCAUUUACUUGAGGGUGUUUUAACUACACAUGCAAAAAUUGGACCUAUUUGCAAGACUUGAAAAGUUUAUGUACCAAAAUGUAAGACCAAAAAAAUUUAGGUACCAAAACAUAAAUUUCCAUCGAUAUUUUGAGGACUUAUAUGCAAAAAAAAAUAAAUUUAGGUACUAAAUAUGCAUGUCUAUUAAGUUUAGGUACCAAAAUGUAAUUUGUAUUUGGGGAUGGGUACAAACCCAAAUCCAUUUGAUAUAAACCCAACUCAACCAAAAGUAAAUGGGUAUGGGUACAAACCUAUCGAACUCUACCCAUAUCCAUCUAUUUGGAUUUCAAACCCAACCCAAUUGAGUUGGAUAGUAAGAAACCCAUGGGUAUGGGCAAAAUUGCCAUCCUUAGUGACGAGUGCCUUUUUUUUUAUUGUGCCUAGGAAGUAGAAUAUGGAGACUCACCCAACUAGCUUAUUGUCUCGAGAAAGGAAAAGAUAAAAUGUGCGAAGAAUGGCUUUGUAAAAUCUUAGAGGUCUAUGAGGACGAUCGUCUCAUGCAGUUUGUCAUGCUACUAUGGUUCAUAUGGAACGAAAUGAAUAAUCACUUGUUCAAUAAAGCAAAAUUAGAAGAAUGGGAGAUCUACACUAGAUCAUAGACGUACUUGGAAGAGUUUGUUUCAAACCAGAAGAGCAAUCCCCGUCGAAAAAUGAGCGUCACUCAUAUGUUUGGAAGCCACCACCGUUGGGUUUCCUGAUCUACACCACGAUGUUUAGGAGCUGGGACGGGCAUGAGACUGGUUGUUCGAGAUGAAAGGAUGGUCUUUAGAGCGGCGACAUUAAAGAGAGUCUGACACCAAUGGCAAUCGAAAAUGGCAGAAGGCCAAACGUUUCUCUUGGCUUUGAACUUUGCUCAAGAACAUCGAAUCCUACAAAUGAUUCUAGACACUGAUUACCGAACCCUAGUGGGUGGCCAGAUUAAACAGUGAAGAAACCUCUAUCCUCGAAAUUGGAGGGGUUUGUGACGAAAUAUGAGGAGUGGCGGAGGAAAUGGGUGAAGUUCAGUGGCGAUUUUGGGGAAGAAAUGGAAAUAAAGCGGCUCACUCUCUCGCUCACAUGCAUUGUAUCUGGGGUGUGGAGAAAAAAUGGCUAGAUAGACCAGUAGUUUUUCUUGUUCACCAUUUGAGAACAAACCUAUAACUUACCU